GGUAUCUAGAGCAACCCAAACAAUCCAACAAUGGCAUUCAAAUUCACCAUUCUCUUCGCUGCUUGCAUCGCCGUGGCCAGCGCUGGUGUCGUCCCAGUGGCCACACCCUUGGCAGCCGUUGCCCAGGUGGAGGAAUACGAUCCUCAUCCUCAGUACACCUAUGGAUACGAUGUUAAGGAUGCGCUUUCUGGAGAUUCAAAGACCCAAGUGGAGACCCGCGACGGUGAUAUAGUCCAGGGUCAAUACUCGCUGAAUGACGCCGAUGGCUACCGUCGCAUUGUGGACUACACCGCCGAUCCCAUCAACGGUUUCAACGCUGUGGUGCGCCGUGAACCUUUGGUCGCUGCUGUGGCUGCUGCUCCCGUUGUUGCCGCUCCAGCGCCCGUUGUCCGUGCCGCUCCUCUGGCCGCUGCUGCUCCCUUUGCCUACGCCGCUGCCCCAGCCCCGAUUGUUGCCGCUGCCCCAGCUCCAAUUGUGAAGGCCGCUCCUCUGGUCGCCGCUGGUCCAGCCAUCGUCAAGACCCAGUUCGCUUCGCCUCUUAUCUCGUACGCCUAUUAGUUGAUUAAUAGGUGAUGCCCGACCUGAUAAUUGCCGUUAGUUGUUAUUGAAUAAAGAAUGUGAUGUCAUAAAACAA